GACGGACUCCGUAGGCUCCUGCGGGGUGUUCGGCCGGAAAUCAGAUCGCCGCAGGAAUCCACUUGGGAGACCAUGGCGUCGCAGGCGCCAGCGGCAAUAAUAUCUUCCACCAGCUUACCAAGGCAGCUGGGCGGCGCGGCAGGCCGAUGGAGCGCUGAGUCGGAAGCCUUUUCCCCCGAGUCAAGGAGGGCAUGGUGGCUCUACGGCGCCGGCUCUGUGGGACUGUCCCCGUACAAGGGCUCCCGUUGGGGUGGCCGAGGGCGCAAAUCCCCGGGUGCCUCCUCGCUUCCACCGCGCACACCCUCACAAGAUUGCUUUGCUUCCUGGUGCGUAGCGAGCACAAGCCAGCGGUUUUUGGCGGCGGUGCUGUCCAACUCCGUCAGCUUGGGGCCCAAUACGACGGCCUCCGGUGGCUCUUUGCCGGGGCUGCCGCGUUGGCGGCCCGCCGUCUGUCCGGCGUGA